CCAUAACCAUCACACUAUUACAGACUUGGCCACACCUUAUCCACACGCUUCACUUCUGAUUCUGAUAAUACCCAAAUACACAAAAACAAAACCAACCUAAAAGGAUUUCCGAUAGAUAGAAUCUUGAGAAAGAAAAAGGAAAAAUGUCAUUAGCAUCUUCAUUUCCAUAUAUCAAAAUCCCUAACCCAUCAUCUUCUUGUUCUUCUCCAUCUUCUUCUUCGUCAUCAACUUCAACAUCUUCUUGUUUUAAAUUCUCCUCAACAACUAAGUUUUGUGCUUUGACCAUUAGGAGCUCUCAAGCUGAAGGGCCUAUAAGGAGACCUGUGGCUCCUCCUCUCAGAGAGCCUUCUCCACCAUCACCACCAUCACCUCCUUUGAAACCUGUUCCUCCUUCUACUGUGCCUCCACCACCCAAGCCUGCUGCUAAGGUGGGUUUGGAUGAUAAGAAUGUAAUUACCUUGGAGUUUCAGAGGCAAAAGGCUAAGGAGCUUCAAGAGUAUUUUAAGCAAAAGAAGCUUGAGGAGUCAGAUCGGGGUCCUUUCUUUGGGUUUGUUGGCAAGAAUGAGAUUACCAAUGGAAGAUGGGCAAUGUUCGGUUUUGCUGUUGGGAUGCUAACGGAGUAUGCUACAGGCUCAGACUUUGUCGAUCAAGUAAAGAUCCUUCUCUCCAAUUUCGGGAUAAUCGAUCUAGAAUGAUUCAUUUUUUCAUUCUCAACAGCAUAAAUACUUAUUUUUUGACUUCUGUAAUUGCCUUCUUGUCUCCAAAGUCAUCAAUACAUUUCAAUUUCUGUAAUUGCUGUAUCAUAUUCAAUAUUCUGCAACUUCUUUAGUAAUUUAUUUCCCCCAUGUUUUAUUGAUGGAUUAUCAUAAACAGAAUCCUAUAAUUUAAAAGAAAUUUUCUUUUCUGAAA